AUGCGUAGUCUAUGGGAUGAAUUACACUCCUCUUAUGUUGGUCCAGUUUGUACUUGUGGUGCAUUAGGCAAAUUUAUUGAACAACAGAAAUUGUUCCAGUUCCUGAGUGGACUCAAUGAUGAUUACUCUAAUGAAACUACUCCUCCCAUUCCUAGUUUUUCUAGUGAUUCAGCUUCCUUUAAUACUUUCACUAGUCUACAUGGGAGAGGUCCUUCUCAGAGAGUCCACAGUGAUGACAGGAGGGGUUUCCUUUACUCUUCUCCUUCUGAUCCUAAGAGAGGAUACCUACCUUCUUCAGGACCUUAUUUGUCUGGUGCUAAGAGGUUCUCUACCUCCAUCCUAUUGCCUUCACUCUCUUGCAAGUACUGUAAAAAGUCAGGGCAUACUAUUGAUAAGUGUUACAAAUUACAUGGACAUCCCCCAGACUUCAAAUUUACAAAAGGGAAGAAAGCUCUAGCCUGUGUGCAGAAUGAUUUUUCUCUAGUUGAUGCCACAGUCUCUUCUCUUUCUCUUACUGAGGUCCCUGCUGCCAUAGAUUCUGGUUAUGCUCAUUUUGUAGGUGUGUCUACUCACCCUGCUGUUACUGCUACUGCUUUCCAUGCUUGUGCAGUGGCCUUUCUCAGACGAGACCCUUGUGUUUUACUUGGUUAUCCUUGUGGUAAGAAGGGUUAUAAAUUGCUCAAUCUUUCUUCUCUUUUUAUAUUUUACUCCAAGGAUGUUGUGUUUCAUGAGUUUAUUUUCCCUUUUUCUUCAUCCUCUGUUUCCCAACCCUUUUCUUACUCUCCACCUGUGUAUGAUGAUCCUCUUGUCCUCUCUACACAGUCUCCUUCUGUGGUCCAUGAUGAUCCUCCUAUAGUACCUGAGACCACUUUCUCUUCUCUUUCUUCUCCUCCUGUGGUUCAUAAUGACUCUCCAGCAGUUCCUGAGACCACUCUCUCCUUACCUCUCAGACGGAGUUCUAGAGUUGUUCAUCCUCUUCAUCAUUUGCAGGGUUACAUCUGUUCUUCUGUUAAAAUUCCUCUUCAAGUCAAUUCCAAGAUUUCUAGUAUUGAUUUGCACUUGCAUGAGCCUCAAUUUUACCAGCAGGCUGCUUCUAAUCCUGCCUGGCAAGAGGCUAUGCAACAGGAAUUUAGGGCUCUUGGUCAAAUUAUACUUGGGAUAUUGUUCCCUUUUCUCCUCAUAAGAAGGCUAUUCCUUGUAAGUGAGUGUACAAGAUUAAGCAGAGAUCUGAUGCUGGACGUUAAUAAUGCUUUUUUAAAUGGGGACCUUCAUGAGGAUGUGUUUAUGAAGAUCCCACCUGGCCUUCAGAUUACAUCUCUUGGCUACAUUGUAAGUAAAAAUGAUUACUCCUUGUUUACUAAGUCUUCCGGUUCCUCUUUGGUGAUUCUUGUGGUUUAUGUGGAUGAUAUUUUGCUGGGUGGCUCUGACUUAUCUGAGCUAAAUGCCCUCAAAUCUUUCCUUGAUGAAUCUUUCAAGGUUAAAGACUUGGGUUCUGUGCAUUAUUUCCUUGGUUUAGAGGUCACUUCUCACCAUUCUGGUUUCCUGAUUAAUCAGCACAAGUAUGCUACUGAUUUGUUGGAAGAGUUUAACUGCUCUCAUUAUACUCCUAUCAUUGCUCCUUUGGAUGCCUAUGUCAAACUCACCCCUGACAUGGGUGAUCCACUGCCUGAUCCUUUCAUCUACAGGCGUUUGGUUGGGAAGUUAAAUUUCCUUCAGCAUACCAGACCUGUCAUUUCUUUUGCUGUGCAGCACCUUAGUCAAUUCCUACAACAUCCUUGUGUUCCUCAUAUGAUGGCUGGGUUGCAUGUCCUUCAUUACCUUUUACAUGAUCCUGCUCAGGGCAUUUUUUUGCCCUCUCAUUCUUCAGUUGAUCUUACUGCAUAUGCUGAUUCUGGCUGGGCUGCAUGCCCUUUGUCUCGCCGAUCUGUGACUGGUUAUUACAUUUUCUUUGGUGGUUGCCCAGUUUCUUGGAAGAACAAGAAACAACCCACUAUUGCUCUUUCUUCAGCUGAGGCUGAAUACCGCGCUUUACGCAAAGUGGUAGCUGAAGUUAUUUGGUUAACUCGUUUAUUUGCUGACAUGGGACUAACCAUUUCUUCUCCUGUGCCUAUAUUUUGUGACAGCCAAGCUGCUUUACUUAUUCCAAGAAUCUAG